AUGGCACUGUGGAAGCUCCUCGGAGCCAGCGGAGUACUGCUGCUGGCUGGGCUCACCAGUGCGGAGCCCUAUACUCCUAAACAUGAAGCCGGACGAUGCGCAAUUCGAGGGCACUGUGGCUCCAAGAGUUUCUUUGGCAAGCAGUUGCCCUGUGUCGAUAACGGGCUGGCCGAGGACCCCGACGAGAAGCUCCGACAACAGAUUGUCGACCUCUGCGGUGCGAAAUGGAAUUCCGGACCAGUCUGCUGUGAUGCCGACCAGGUCAAAUCUCUCGCCUCCGAGCUCGGUACUCCGAAUCAAAUUAUCUCCUCCUGCCCCGCCUGCAAGGACAACUUCUUCAACAUGUUUUGUACCUUUACAUGUUCUCCGGAUCAGUCAUUGUUUCUAAAUGUCACUAAGACGGCGGUUAAAAAUAAGAAGGAAAUGGUGACCGAACUGGACCAGCUUAUUUCUAAAGAAUACGGAACAGGGUUCUUCGACAGUUGCAAGGAGGUCAAAUUUGGACCGUCCAACUCCAAGGCGAUUGACUUCAUUGGAGGUGGUGCUAAGAACUACACUCAGCUCCUCAAGUUCUUAGGAGACGAAAAGGUUAUCGGAUCACCAUUCCAGAUCAAUUUCCCUACUGAAUACAGUGAGCCCGGUAUGGCCCCUCGAGAAAUGAAGCCGAAGAAGUGCAACGACGAGGACCCCAACUACCGCUGUGCUUGUGUUGACUGCCCUGAAGUCUGCCCGGAGCUUCCAGCUGUCUCGAAGCCGGGUCAGUGUCAUGUUGGCGUCCUGCCCUGCCUUUCUUUUGCGGCCAUUUUCACCUACAGCAUUUUGUUGUUCUCCGCCAUCGCUGCUGUCGGUGGACACAUUUACUGGAGACGCCGUGCCAGGAGGGAAAGCGAGCGGCUUAGGCUUCUUCAAGACGCGUCUCCCAGUGACGACGAAGACGAGGGCGACCUGGUCCAGAAUGGUGCGAUGUUCGACAGGCCUCAGCGAUACUACAAGAUCAACACGUGGUGUGACGCGGCCUUUAGCAAGCUCGGACAUGCGGCGGCACGAUACCAAGGAAUUACUAUUGGUGUCACUCUUAUUGUUGUGAUUAUCCUCAGUGCUGGCUGGGUCAGAUUCGAUCUUGAACGGGACCCUGCCCGCCUUUGGGUCAGUCCUACCUCACCUGCCGCCAAGGAGAAGGCCUUCUUUGAUGAACAGUUUGGUCCUUUUUAUCGUGCUGAGAAGGUGUUCUUGGUCAACGACCAACAACCAGGUGGCCCGGCUCCUGUCCUUAGCUACGACACUCUUCUCUGGUGGAUGGAGGUUGAAAAGAGCGUCAAGCAACUCAAGGGCUCUAAAUACGGUGCCACUCUUAAUGACAUUUGCUUGAAGCCCACCGGCUCUGCAUGUGUUGUACAAUCUGUGGCCGCCUACUUUGAGAAUGAGCCCUCGCUUGUGGGACGCAACAACUGGCAAGAUCAACUAAGGCAGUGUGCAAAGUCGCCUGUCGAGUGUCGCCCUGAUUUUGGUCAACCCAUUGAGCCAAACAUGAUUCUUGGUGGCUACGAUGAGGACCCCGUUGAUGCCACCGCUAUCACGGUGACCUGGGUUGUCAGCAAUGCAGCCGAAGGCAGCCCUGCUGUGGAGCGUGCCAUGGAUUGGGAAAACGCUUUGCGUGACCGCCUCCUCGUCGCUCAAGAUGAGGCCAAGGCUCGCGGACUUCGACUGUCGUUCUCUACGGAGGCCAGUUUGGAACAAGAACUCAACAAGUCCACCAACACCGAUGCCAAGAUUGUGAUUAUCAGCUACAUCAUCAUGUUCAUCUACGCCUCCCUGGCCCUUGGUUCUACUACACUGUCGGUUCGUGAUAUGAUGAGAAACCCUGCAGUUGCUCUGGUUCAGUCAAAGUUCAGCCUCGGUGUUGUUGGCAUCUUGAUCGUGCUGAUGUCUAUCAGCGCCUCCAUCGGCCUCUUCUCUUGGGCAGGCCUCAAAGCCACACUCAUCAUUGCUGAAGUUAUUCCUUUCAUCGUUCUAGCUGUCGGUGUGGACAAUAUUUUCCUGAUUGUUCACGAGUUCGAGCGAGUCAACGUUAGCCACCCCGACGAAAUGGUCGAAGAGCGGAUUGCCAAAGCACUGGGCCGCAUGGGGCCGUCCAUCCUCUUCUCUGCUUUAACCGAAACUGUUGCGUUUGCCCUCGGAACCUUCGUUGGCAUGCCCGCAGUUCGUAACUUUGCUGCUUACGCCGCCGGAGCCGUCUUCAUCAAUGCUAUUCUCCAGAUUACACUAUUUGUAUCUUUCCUCGCCAUGAACCAAAUACGCGUCGAGGACCAUCGAGCCGACUGUAUCCCUUGCAUUCAAGUCAAGGCCGCUCGCGUACACCUCAGCGGCGGUAACGGAAACGCUAAUGCCAGGUUCUACGAGGUGCCCGAGGAGAGCCUCCUUCAGCAGUUUAUCCGCCGCACCUACGCCCCAGCCAUUCUUGCCCGGCAAGCCAAGGCCAUCAUCAUUGCCGUUUUCCUUGGGAUUUUUGCUGCCGGAAUUGCUUUGAUUCCUGAGGUCCAGCUUGGUCUUGACCAGCGCGUCGCCAUCCCAGACGGCUCCUAUCUCAUCCCCUACUUCAACGAUCUCUAUGCCUAUUUGGAAACUGGCCCGCCUGUGUACUUUGUUACAAGAGAGUUCAACGCCACUGAGCGAAACCAUCAACGGGAGAUCUGCGCCAGGUUCACAACCUGCGACCAAUUUUCGCUCACCAACAUCCUCGAAGGCGAGAGAAAGCGACCGGAAGUCUCUUACAUUUCUUCGCCUACAGCCAGCUGGAUUGAUGACUACUUCCUUUGGCUCAACCCCGAUCUUGGUGAUUCGUGCUGCAUGGAGAAUGGCAAGGCGUGCUUUGCUGACCGUAAUCCGCCGUGGAAUAUCACUCUUUCCGGCAUGCCUCAAGAUGGCGAGUUCAUUCGCUAUCUUGAAAAGUUCAUAAAGGCUCCUACCAAUGAUGAUUGCCCGCUGGGUGGUCAGGCCUCAUACGGUCAAGCUGUGGUGGUUGACGCCGAGAGAGACACCAUCCCAGCCAGUCAUUUCAGAACCAUGCACACCCCCCUGCGUAGCCAGGACGAUUUUAUCAACGCCAUGUCAGCCGCUCGGAGAAUCGCAUCUGAUAUCACGCGCCAGACCGGCGUUGACGUCUUCCCUUACAGUCUCUUCUAUAUUUUCUUCGACCAAUAUGCCAGCAUCGUCUCGCUGACGGGCACUCUUCUUGGAUCGGCGGUGGCUAUUAUCUUUGUCAUCUCUUCUGUCCUUUUGGGGUCCCUUCUCACGGCUCUUGUGGUUACCGUCACUGUUGUUAUGACAGUUGUCGACAUUAUUGGCGCUAUGGCAGUGUUCGGGGUGUCGCUCAACGCUGUCUCACUCGUCAACUUGAUUAUUUGCGUGGGCAUUGGUGUCGAGUUCUGUGCACACAUUGCUCGUGCUUUCAUGUUCCCAUCCCGUACCGUUAUGGAACGGGCUAAGAACCGCUUCCGCGGACGUGAUGCACGUGCAUGGACGGCCCUUGUCAACGUCGGCAGCUCCGUCUUCUCUGGUAUUACUGUUACCAAACUCUUGGGAGUUUGCGUUUUGGCAUUUACAAGGUCCAAGAUCUUUGAGAUUUACUACUUCCGUGUAUGGCUCGCUCUUGUCAUCUUUGCCGGCACCCAUGCCCUCAUCUUCCUUCCUGUCGCACUUAGCUUGUUCGGCGGAGAGGGAUAUGUUGACCCCGAGAGCGAGGGUGGCAUCGAGGAGGACUUGGCAAGCCGAAGAUACCGUGCCUUGGUUCCAGACGAGGACACAGAUUCCGAUGAUGAUUAUUAG